AUGAUGGGCGGGUAUUUUUCCAGUCUUAAAGCUGGCACGCGCCAGAUUGCCCACGAGAUAGAUUGUGAUCUCGACGAUCCCGAAAGAACGGUACAAUCUGUGAUUGACUACCCAGGCCUGGAUAAGUUCCAGUGGAAAGUGUGGUGGGUUGCUGCGUCGGGAUUUUUCACGGCAUCUUACAGCCUCUUUGCUGUGAACGUUAUCAGCCCAUCCUUAAGUUAUGUUUACCCAGGAUGUACUACCGGCAUGUCGACCAACUCAUUGGUAAUCAACCUGACUACGUUGACUGGGACGAUGGUCGGCAUGCUUCUAUUCGGAUGCUUAGCUGAUAGAUAUGGCCGAAAGGCUGUCUAUGGCUUAGAGUUAAGCAUCGUGGUAAUUGCUACAGUGGGGAUGACAACAGCAUCUUCAGGCCAUAGACACUCGAUGAAUGUGUAUGGUUGGAUUGGUUUCUGGCGUACUAUGUUGGGUAUAGGGCUCGGCGCAGAGUACCCGCUCUCAGCUAUAAUUGCGUCGGAGUGGUCCUCUACUAGAUCUCGAGGCAAAAUGAUAGCGGCGGUAUUCCUCAUGCAGUCUCUAGGACAACUAUCUGCUUAUGCCUUUGGCUUAGCUAUCCUCAAGGGGCUGAGUGACUAUCGCGGUUUAUCCCCAACUGAAACUAACUACGAGGUCGCAUCGCCAGUCAUCGAUAUCGUAUGGAGAACAACAAUUGGGGUUGGGGCGUUCCCAGCUCUUGUCUCGCUCGUACUGAGGCGAAUAAUUCCUGAAACACCUCAAUAUUUAGUAGCCAAGGAAGAGCUUGUAGGAGCCUUCAAAGCUGUUCGCCACGUUAUUCAGGUAAACCCAACUCUCCAGCCCAUGGAUCAAACCGGGCUUGCGGCCCCUCGACGCUCGAUAGAUACCCCUAUACCUGAUUUUGGAAACCGACGCACUAGUUGGCGAACAUCAGUGGUAAAAUAUAGCUACGAAGUCAGAGAGCACCUUGCCGAGAAAGAGCGCUGGCGUGCGCUUCUAGGAGUCAUGAUAACUUGGUAUCUCUUAGACUUAGCCUAUUAUGGGCUUGGCCUUGAUAAUCCUAAAACGAUUUCUACGAUCUGGCUUUCGAAGCCGCCGCUGCGGUCGAACGUUUCUACAUCCCCGGAAGAAAUUGUAUGCAACAAUGCGGCAUGGCGAGCAGACCCGUCCCAACCAAAUAUUACGAUAUAUGAAAUGCUUCGACAAGACAGCAUACGGGAUAUUGUAACCAUCUCGAGCGGAGCACUGCCCGGAAGUAUUAUCAUUUUACUUGCUAUCGACUACAUCCCUAGGACUACAUGGAUGGGCUGGAUGUUUGUCGCAUUAGCCGGGCUUUUUGCCAUCAACGGUGGAACGUUCUUCGUCACUUUCGAGACGGAUAAACAUGCGCUCACGGUGACCUUGUACGUACUUGCACAGGUUAUCUUCAACCUUGGGCCGAAUACUAUCACAUUCAUGCUUCCGGCGGAGCUCUUUGCAACAAAGUAUCGAGGCACAUUCUACGGUCUUGCAGCAGCUUCGGGGAAACUUGGUGCAAUAACAAUCCUCCUAAUUACUAACCUUGCCGUCUAUGGUGGUGAUUUAUAUAACCGCAAGUUCGCAGCAAUGUUACUAGGAUUCUGUCCCGCAAUGCUACUGGGCGCUUUUGUUACGUUUGUUUGGAUCCCCGAAGUUCAAUAUCCUCGAGGCUAUGAUAGUAAACCAGAACGUGUCGAUAAUGCCUCUGAUGAUGGACUCGACAUGGAGAACACAUUUAGGCAAAAGCUCAAGCUAGCAAACAGGCCAUUGUUGAACAUCGCUCAAAACCCGGGAGACGGCCAAAUAUUAGGCAUGAGGCAGAAUAUUUCGCGAUUAUUUAGGGCAACGCAGACUCGCGUUGUAGGUAGAACGAGACCAAGGGCAAAUUCCGCUGGACAAGAAGAAGGUAAUGUUGGCGAUGGGUUAGGAAUAAGGCACGAACACUGUGGCUGA